UAACAAGCCGGAGUUCAUGAUGGCGGCGUCGCUGCUGCGCCGGGACAAGAAAUCCACAGCCGCCCAUCUCAAAGCUGAGCUCAACCGGAUUGACAACAGCCCGGGUGUCCGCCAGCUUCAAGAGCUCUUGGACAGUGUCCUAAACCCGGAAAGGCUGGUGGGAGACGCCGAGGCCCUCGAAUGGUGCAAAUGCCUGCUGGCAGGAGGGGAAGGAUUCGAGGAGUUCUGCAAAACCGUCCGGUCCUAUGACAACGCCACUCUGUGUGGCUUGGUGUGGACGGCCAAUUUCGUGGCGUACCGUUGUCGGACCUGUGGCAUUUCCCCUUGCAUGUCACUCUGUGCCGAGUGUUUCAACAACGGUGAUCACACUGGGCACGAUUUCAAUAUGUUCCGGAGCCAGGCCGGCGGGGCCUGCGACUGUGGGGACAGUAAUGUCAUGCGUGAAAGUGGAUUUUGCAGCCGACACCGAUCAAAAACGGGGACAAAUGUUCCUUCAGUCCCCAGAGAUUUGCUUUUAAUGUCGGAGAUGGUUCUCCCUCGCUUCAUCAUCUGUAUCAUCCAGUACUUAAGGGAUGGCUACAGCGACCCAGAUCCGUCCUCGGAGAGGGAUCUGCACAAGGUGCUGCAGCAGCUGGAGCCUCAGAUCUCCUUUUUGGAAGACUUAACUAAAAUGGGUGGUGCCAUGCGAACUGUUCUUACAAAAAUCUUAACAAACCAGCAGACCUUCAAAGACUUAAGCAUGGGACAAGAAGAAAAUGUAUAUGCGAAGAAAAACUAUGACAAGUAUCUCUCGGCUCUAAAAAGUUCCGGAUUGGUAUCCUCGGAAGAAAAGACAGGAUCUGGGGGAUUCGAUCCCACAGCCGGAGCCGUAGCCCUCAGUAUUUUAGGUGCCACAGCAGCUGCCAGCCCUGAAGAACCUGUUAAAGAGGAGGAUCAGGAUGGGGGCCAAGGUGUUGGCAAAAGAAAGAGAGUGAAGCUGAGUAGCAGUACCAAAGAUCCGUCCAUUAUGGAUGUUCUCAAACACAAAUGCUUUUUAGAGGAGUUGUUGUUUUGGACAAUAAAAUAUGAGUUCCCACAGAAGAUGGUAACGUUCCUGUUGAACAUGUUGCCUGAUCAAGACUAUAAGAUUUCAUUUACUAAAACGUUUGUUCAGCAUUAUGCAUUCAUUAUGAAAACUUUAAUGAAAAGCCAUGAAUCGGAUACCAUGUCCAACAGAAUUGUACAUAUUAGUGUGCAGUUGUUCAGCAAUGAAGAAUUAGCACGUCAUGUAACAGAGGAAUGCCAACUUCUGGACAUAAUGGUCACAGUCCUCCUAUACAUGAUGGAAAGUUGCCUUAUAAAAAGCGAACUUCAAGAUGAAGAAAAUAGCCGUCACGUGGUGGUAAACUGUGGAGAAGCUCUGCUAAAGAACAACACCUACUGGCCUUUAGUUAGUGAUUUUAUUAAUAUUCUCUCACACCAAAGUGUAGCAAAGAGAUUUUUGGAAGACCACUCUCUACUAAUGCUGUGGAUGAGCUUUGUUUCCUUUUUUCAAGGUAUGAAUUUGAACAAGCGAGAAUUGAAUGAACAUGUGGAGUUUGAAUCUCAAACUUACUAUGCAGCAUUUGCAGCAGAAUUAGAAGCUUGUGCCCAGCCCAUGUGGGGCCUUUUGACACACUGUAAAGUUAAGGAAACGCAGGAAUAUACAAAAACAGUUGUUCGGUACUGUUUGGAGACUCUGCAGAUGUGGUUUGACGCGAUUAGCUUUGUUGACGAGCCUGCUCCCAAUCAAGUAACAUUUCACCUGCCCUUACAUCGCUAUUAUGCCAUGUUUCUGAGCAAGGCUGUGAAAUGCCAAGGGUUGGACUUGGACUCACUUUUACCAGAUCAGGAAAUGCUUAUGAAAAUAAUGGUUCAUCCGCUUCAGAUUCAGGCUAGCCUGUCAGAAAUCCACAGUAACAUGUGGGUCAGGAAUGGCUUGCAAAUUAAAGGUCAGGCCAUGACAUAUGUACAGUCGCAUUUUUGUAACUCCAUGAUAGAUCCUGACAUCUAUCUCCUUCAGGUCUGUGCAUCAAGGUUAGACCCUGAUUACUUCAUCUCAUCUGUUUUUGAAAGAUUUAAAGUUGUGGACAUGCUGACAAUGGCCUCACAGCACCAAAAUUCAGUGCUGGAUUCUGAACAAGAGAGACCGAUGCUGGAGGGAGCCUUAACAUUUCUUGUUAUAUUGUUGAGCCUUCGCAUUCAUUUAGGCAUGGCCGAUGAUGAGAUUCUCAGAGCAGAAAUGGUAUCCCAGCUGUGCAUGAAUGAUCGGACCCACAGUUCCUUACUGGACCUCAUCCCAGAAAAUCCAAAUCCCAAAAGUGGGAUUGUUCCAGGCAGUUACAGCUUUGAAGCAAUGCUUUCUUCCGUUGCUGAUUUUAAAGCUCCCGUUUUUGAGCCUGGAGGUUCAAUGCAGCAGGGAAUGUACACACCUAAAGCUGAAGUCUGGGAAAAAGAAUUUGACCCCAUCAUGGUUAUUCUCAGAACAGUUUACCGCAGAGAUGUGCAGUCUGCAAUGGACAGAUAUUCAGCAUUCUUGAAACAGUCUGGAAUCUUUUCAGGAAAUCCAUGGCCUCCUUACAAAGAGAGAACACCUCUACAUCCUUGUUACAAAGGCCUUAUUCGGCUGUUGCACUGCAAAACUUUGCACAUCGUGCUAUUCACUCUGCUGUACAAGAUCUCAGCAGACCAUCCAAACAUGUCAGAACAUGUGCUUUGCAUGGUGUUGUAUUUGAUUGAGCUGGGCCUUGAUAACACGCUGCAGGAGGAGCACGAGGAAGAGGAGCCCUGCAUUGAGGAGCACUGUCAUGACAGCUGGUUCCCUGGCACUAACUUGGUAUCCAACUUGAAUCAUGUCAUCAACUACGUGAGAGUAAGGGUGCCAGAGACUGCCCCCGAAGUCAAGAGGGAGCCCCCCGCUACCACAAGCUCUGACCCUUCUCUCUUUGCCCAGACCUCCAGGCAAAUGGCUGGCCCUCAGCGAGAGACUCUGAGGACGGCUCAGGUUUUCAGCCUGGUGGCUGAGCGCAGGAGGAAGUUUCAGGAGAUCAUUAACCGCAGCAGUGGAGAGGCAAGCCAAGCUGUGCGCCCCAAAUCAUCAUCAACAAAAUGGAUCCCCCCAGGCUCCACUCCGCAGCUUGUCACUGAGAUUUUGGAGAUCCGUGAAAGCAUGCUGUCCCUGCUGAUAAAACUACACCACAAACUGUCAGCGAAACAAAACUCUUUCCACCCCCCCUGGCUGGAUGACCCAGAGGCUUUUGUAAAGCUUGACUCCACAAAGUACACCCACGGCGAUGGCAUCACUGCAAUUGAGCGCAUCUUGACAAAAGCUGCAAUCUGGAGUCGCCAGAAUAAGCGCAGCAUUCAGGAGAUCUGCAGGAAGAUUUCACCACCUGUUCCUCCUAAGAAAAACAGCCCAGUUGACAAAAAAACGCUGGAUAAGGAGGAGAGACGGCAGAAGGCCAGAGAGAGACAACAGAAGCUACUUGCUGAAUUUGCUUCCCGGCAGAAGAGUUUUAUGGAAACUGCUAUGGAUGUUGAAUCCCCAGAAGCCGAUGUUGCUAUGGAUCUGGGGUCGUCUGAGCAGCAGGUGUCCGAGGUCCUCUAUGACUGUGUAAUUUGUGGACAGAGUGGCCCAUCUACAGAGGACAGACCCAUUGGCUUAGUAGUCCUGCUCCAGGCAUCUUCAGUCCUGGGGCAUCGUUGCAAGAGCACUGAGCCGAAGAAGCUGCCAACCAGCGACGAGGAGCACAUUUACCCUGAAGACACAUGCGGAGCUACACAUGACGUCAGGCUUGCAAUGUUACAGCGCUUCUUCAAGGACAGCUCAUGCCUACAGUCAGUGUCAAUUGGCUGGGAAGGAGGUGUGUAUGUACAGACAUGUGGUCAUACUCUCCACAUAGACUGCCACAAGUCUUACAUGGAGUCUUUGCGGAAUGACCAGGUGCUGCAGGGCUUCUCUGUGGAUAAAGGGGAGUUCACCUGCCCUCUGUGCAGACAGUUUGCCAACAGCGUCUUGCCUUGCCGUCCAGGCCAAGGUGUGGAGACCCCCUGGCACGCACACAGCAGUAAGAGCAUCACCGUGCUCGUGAAGGAAGUGGAAGAUUUGCAGGAACAGCUGGGGACAUUCCCAGUAAGCAUCAGUUCAGAAUCCAGUCUAAGUAAGGAGAUUGAGUCUGUGAUAAAGGACAUAAAGAGCACAACUCAGAAGAAAUACAUGGACUACAGCAAGACCCCAGGAUCUCCUGAUAAUGACUUUCUCUUCAUGUAUUCUGUGGCGAGGACUAACCUGGAGCUUGAGCUGGUACAUCGAGGAGCGGAUCUGUGCUGUGGAGGUGCAAGUGCUGCUGCCAAACGCUCCUGCUUGAAUCAACUGUUUCACGUUCUUGCAACGCACAUGCGCCUUUACAGCAUUGACUCCGCGUAUAACCCUUGGACCAGGCUGACGCAGUUGAUGCAGAAUAGGGAUUUGACUACCUGUGAGGAUGAAAGACCAGAAGUCCCAAUGCUUUUCAGAGACAUCCCUUCCUUGUUGAUUAUCUUUGUGUUAACAAUGCCACAGCCCUUGCGUAAAGAACACUUUACCUGUAUUGUGAAAAUACUGUACACACUGCAGUAUGUUCAUGCCAUUGGAGCGCUUUCAGUCAAAUUCAGUCCAGAGGAGAGAUUAGCCUGGAAAAAUGCAGGAGCCCUAAAAAAGAACACGUGCAGUGCAGAAAAGUGUUGGGAGGCAUUGCUGAGUCAUGUGAUCAUGGAGCUGUCCAAAGGAAAGGGCUUGUAUGAGGUGGCCCCGGAUGAAAUGUCAAUACUGAGUUCCAGUAUCUGGUCCCCUCAGUCAAUCGAAUACGCUCUCCAGCAGUUCUGUCUGCCCUUCCUCAGGAUCUCCAGCCUCUUGCAGCACCACCUUUAUGGGGAUGACUUACCCAGUUGUCUGAGGGAAGAGGAAUUUUCUGUGCUGGCUAGCUGUCUGGGGCUUCAACCAUCAAACCAGUUAAGCAGUGCCUCCUGCCUUGAGUGGUCAGUCCCAGCGUUUGACUUGAUAUCUCAGUGGUGCUCAGAAGUAACAGCAUUCACGGAUACACAGAAAAAACAUGCUGUGACGUUGCUUGCCCAGGAUCCUCACUGGGCUGCACCUCAUCUACUUCACUUACCAGAGAAUUACAAUACCAUCUUCCAGUACUAUCACAGGAAGGCCUGCUCUGUCUGCAAUAAGGUGCCUAAGGAUCCUGCACUCUGUUUAGUGUGUGGAACCUUUGUAUGCCUCAAAGGGCUUUGCUGUAAGCAACAGAGUUACUGUGAAUGUGUUUUGCACUCUCAGCACUGUGGGGCAGGGACAGGAAUAUUCCUGCUGAUCAAUGCCUCCGUCAUCAUCAUCAUCAGAGGCCAUCGUUUCUGCCUUUGGGGCUCCGUGUACUUGGAUGCUCAUGGGGAAGAGGACAGAGACCUCCGACGUGGCAAGCCGCUGUAUCUGUGUGAGGAAAGGUACAGGGUCCUGGAGCAGCAGUGGGUGUCUCAUACCUUUGACCACAUUAACAAGCGAUGGGGGCCUCAUUACAACGGACUGUAACAUAUCCUGUGCAAAAAUCUGUGAUUGGCGAAUAAACGUUUGGGCUUUUGUUUUAUCUUCUGAAAAUCCUUCUAUACCCAUGAUGUAGUAAAACGUACAUGGCCAGAAGGUGUUCCCCCUAUAGCAGUGGUAUGUGUGAAGACGUGAUGCAUACAAUCAAGCCUACCGACUAACGGCGAUACAUUAAAGUGUAGAUUUCAAAGAAAAGGAAAGUUAAUAAGUUGAAUGUUAAAACACAACUUUACUCACUGGCCAUCUUGUUUGGAAAGGGACUACUAAUUACAAAAAAAAUGCUCCUAACCCCUACCCCAACACACACACACACACAGAAGUACAGAAGAAAUAUCCACACCUAGAUGUAAUACCUGUUACCAGCUGAUCUUUUUUUAAGUUUCUGCACACAUUUUGAAAUUUUAUACCAAUCCAAAGUACAGAUUUAUUAGCGUUUUGAGUUUUUAAGCUGAAGACCUUUAUCCAGUAAAUGGAAUUCCAUUGCAAAUUCAAAAUGCACACCAGACGCAUGAAGGCUGCUUUGCCGUCUCUGAUAAAAAUAAUGAAGAAAUAAUACAUUUUCGUUUUUAUUGUGUCUGUGAAUCAAUUUACAUCCCUUUUCUUUCCUAAUUUAUCAUUUCCCACAGUAUUGCUUUUGUUUUCUGCUAUGGGUGAGUAAAUUUGUGUAGAAAUGAUAGACUGGUGUAUGUGACGUAUUUUAAAGAUAUGGCUUAUAGACAUGUAAUGUUAGCUAUCACGAGUGGGCGCGGACAGUCCAGGGUACUUUUCUGGUGUGCAGGCUCUACUUUAAGGUCUAGUUGCAAAUCAUCCUCAGGAACUUUUUUUUUUGCUGAAGUCUAAAAGAAAAUAAUUGUAAAAUAUUUUAAGAUAUGCUGCUAUUGAUUUUAAACAAUAAAUUUUACCUUUGUAUUUUUUUUUCUAAAAAAGUGAUUUACCAAAACAGUUUGGUUCAUGCUGGUAUAUAUGCUUUAUAUAUGCUGGUGCUAAUAACAUAUACAUUUCAUCACACAUCCCUGCUUUAGUAAAAUGCAGAACAUGCCAGAUCCCGAUUACUGCCAUGCAUGCCUGCCUUACAUUACAGGCCAGAUGCAGGUUUUCAAAUUAUCAAGUGGGAAAUGUGCAGGUGCUCCUUUAAAUGAAACCCUGAUUUUUGCGAUCAACACAACAGGUUGGUGUGUAUUGCUUUUGUGCAGUGUAAUCACUGCUCUUUCUGCACGAUUUCAAUCAAAAUGGUGGAGGCUUGGUCUUGGUGGGAGAGCAUUGCCUCUGUGUUGCUGUUUCUCUGCUGCUGUGUGCCAGGGUUAACAGAUACCCAUCAAUUGCACUACCAUUUGUGCUGGUGGAACCCAAUGUAAACAGUAAAAUUAAUAUUCACUCCCUUAGGUUUUGUUGUUUUGUCCAUAUGAGAAGACUGUCGGCAGUGCAAAAAAUAUCACGCCUUUUUGUUUCCUAUUGCAUCAUAUGGUUCUACAACUUGUAUCUUUUAAUAUAUUCAGAAAAGUAUGUUAAUUUGAGAUCAGGAGCAUUUCAGGGGAAAAAAAUCACUGAUAGUUUUGGAACGUAAUGUGAAUUACUGUAGGCUUUGUGGUAACAAUUCAGUCUGGGCUUUUAUCACAUUAUGGGUUAUUAUUAUUUUGAAUUGUAGUGUUCACAUCUUAAUUUUACAUUGUUUUUCAUCUGGCGUCUUUGCAGGUAGACCGAUUUGGUUCUCUGCCCAUGUUCAUGCUUAAGGCAGUGAAGCUUCACUAUACCAUAUACUGUUCUGAGCAGCAACUGGAUCCAACAACUGUUGUAGUUUUGACAGUUUAAAAAUUAGCUACAUAGUACAGUAACUCAUACAGUAUAAGCAGACCAUUGCAAAACAGUAUCAUAUUGAUAUCAUUUUGUAACAGUACCAGAUAACACUUUACAAGGUGUCUGAAUUUGUUAGGUUUUAAUAUUAUUACGUAUGAGGAAAUACUGCACAUAAUUUCCAGUGUAAUUAAUAAAUGCACUUGGAAGUCACGGUGUGUUCCCCUGUUAAACAUGAAUUAUCCUUAGCACUCUCAGCACUGUGGGGCAGGGACAGGAAUAUUCCUUAUUGUAAAGUGCUAUCUUUUACUUUGCAGGUGAUAUGAAUUUUAAAUCCUGACAAUCCAUAUAGUCUCAAUUGCCCAGCAUGUCUUUUUACCAGUACUGAUUUUUAAGGAAAUCGGUACCACACAUUUUAAUCCUUAAAACAUAAAACUGAUAAACAAACAAACUUAGUUCACUUAUUUUUAUCAGGUAGUUUUAUGAUUUCUGAAGAUUGGAAAUUGUUUUUCUGGGCCACAUAAUAGACUCGAGUCUUUCAUGGAAGGAAGGAAAGUUUAACUUAAUUUUUUUAAUGUUAUGCAUGCUGCUGAUCUGUUUAUUUUUUUUUGUUUUUCUGUGGAUUUUAUUUUCAGGCCCCUCUUUGUAUAUUAACAUUCACACAGAAACGCUUUGAGUGAUGGGUGUACAUUGUAAGUGAAAGCUGAGUGUUUUUGUGUGUUCUCUUGUAUGAAUGAAGAAUAAGAAUACAGUACAUUACUGUAGGUGCUGAAUCAAGCUUUCUGGUUGCCAUCAGAAAGUGAGACUUAGACAUUACAAAAUGUAAGAUAUGUGAAUAAAAUAUAAAGACACUA